AAUCGGCUUCUAGGCGGACAAACGAAGCGAGGGGCGCGCCGGGCGCUGAGGGCUGAGCUCUGCGUGUCGGAGGCGGGCGCGGGAACGCUGGCGCUCCACGGCUCUGCGGCUGCCCAGUGGCAACGGCAAACCGGAGUACCCAGGUCGCGCCGGAGCGGAGUGGAGCACCACACACGGUGAGCAGGAGGAGGCCGUUUGGUGCCGCGUCCGGGUCGCUCCGCCGCUCCUGCCUUCGCCCCCGCGAAGACGUUCAUUAAUUAUUUGACUUAAAAAUAAAAAUGGGCAGAAGGUCGCCUUGCCUGGUGUCACCGUCCGCCUGACGUUCCCAGCGCCUUUGGCUGCCAGGAUGCUCGAAGCGCUUUGUGUCUGAGUCGUGAGACGCUGUUGGGUUCUAUCCUUAGACACAGAACUAUUUGCUUUCUCUACAAUUGGCCAAAAGACUUUCUCCCCUUUCUGCUGUGGAUGCCAGUCCUCAUUAGCGUUUUAAGAUGGCUGUGUCGCCAGACGCCGUCCCCACGCUGUCCGAGUGCCAGUGCCCCAUCUGCAUGGAGAUCCUGGUGGAGCCUGUGACCCUGCCCUGCCGCCACACACUCUGCAACCCGUGCUUCCGCGCCACCGUCGAGAAGGCCAGCUUGUACUGUCCCUUCUGUCGCCGCCGGGUCUCCUCGUGGACGCGGUACCACACACGGAGAAAUUCCCUCAUCAACACGGAGUUGUGGGAUCUGAUCCAGAAGCACUACCCCACGGAGUGCAAGCGGAGAGCCUCCGGGCAGGAAUCAGAGGAAAUUGAUGAUGCUCAGCCAAUACGGUUUUUAAGUCAGCCGGGGGAAUUGAGAAGAGAAUACGAAGAGGAGAUAAGCAAGGUGCAGGCUGAGCGUCGAGCCACUGAGGAAGAGGAAAACAAAGCCAGUGAGGAAUACAUACAAAGACUGCUGGCGGAGGAAGAAGAGGAAGAAAGGAGACAGGCAGAAAAAAGGCGAAGCGAGAUGGAAGAACAACUGAAAAAUGAUGAAGAGCUGGCAAGAAAGCUGAGCAUUAAUAUUAAUAAUUUCCAUGAGAAAAGUGUCUUGGCUUCUCCUUCAAAUUCCAGAAAAUCUGAUCCAGUCACAACCAAAUUGCAAGUGAAAAAUAAGAACAAACAAAAAAACACUGGAGAUAUACAGAAGUAUUUGUCACCUAAAUCUCAAUUUGGGUCAGCAUCACAGUCUCCAGCUGGACAGGAAGUCAGGAAGAACUCCGUUUCUAAGACAGUUGGCAGUAACAUUGCCAAGACUCUUGUGUGGCAAGACAUGGAAGCUGGAGAUAUGCCAACGCUUUCGCCACAAGUGUCCCUUGAGGUUCAGGAAUCAAGUGCGAUGUCUUUGGUGGACUCAACUAUGCCAUGGCUCUGUGCCUAUGAUGCAGUUCAGUGCCUUGAAGGCAAGAUCAAGACAAAGUCAGACAAUCAUGAUGAAGAGUUGUGUGUUACAAAUCAUACAGGACCAAAAGACAAAGCUCCGUCUUCUCAAACAUCUUCCACUGAGCUUGGGGACCAAGCUUGGAAUGGGGGCAUUCUACCCCAUGUGACCCAGGUGACUGAAGACUGCACAGUUGAAACAGAAAAUGAGGAGUCUGGUCUACUGCUUAUUGAUGAUGUUUCCAAAAGAAAACACCAGGAGCCUGCAUCCGAAGCAGCCAGGGAUCCCAGCUGCUCUGCAAAAAGGAGAAAGAUGUUCCCCAGGUCUUACACAGAUGAAGAAACAGAAAGAAAUUUUACCCAAAAAUUGAUAGAUUUGGAACAUCAACUUUUUGAGAGACAUAAGCAAGAAGAAGAGGACAGGUUAUUAGCUUUGCAGCUGCAGGAGGAGGAAGAAAAACAAAGGAAGCCCAGCUGGCAGAAAGGCUACCGUGACCAGUACGAGCUCCGCACAGCGUCCACGGCACCCUCCACGGCACCCAACGGAUUGCUGACCAGACAGUCAGCAGCUUCCAGGCAGAGGGAGGCAGCUGGAGAACACAGCCUCAAAAGGCAAAUGGCCACCGAGGAGCCCAGACCUCGGAGAGGCUUGAGAGAUGAAAACUGGCAACCUUUUAAAGCCCAGCCGAGGCCUUCAGUUAGUGAAAGAAAGAUGCCAAAGUCCAGCAGAGAUCAUCACAGUGUUCCUAGAAAUGCUCAGUCCCUGCAGCCUCGCAACUCACAGAAAAGUAUCUUUGAGAUGUUUCCCAGGUGCACGAAGUAGAGUUGGGUAAAGAGUGUUUAUAAAUCCAGGAAAGCCAGGUUGGCAGCAGUUCUCUCUGUUAUGGAAUUGUGAUGGCCCUGUCCUCGGGUCCUGCCCCAUAGCACAGGCUCACCUUCUUGAAAGAAAGGGGAGAGCAAAUGUGUUUCUUCAGAGCUCAGUGGUGAGCAAGGCCCUUUUCUGCCAUUGUUGGUGCUGAGGGUGUAAGUUUCACUGUCCUGGAUGGAAAAGUUCCUUGGCCAGGCCUGAGGCUUCAAGUGCCAUUCUCUUUCCAAAAAGUGGGUAUUUUAUGUGCCUUUGCUCACCUUCAUUGUGAAGAGUAAUCUAAGCAGGAUCAUGCUAUAGUAAGUAGGGGAUCCAUGUGAGAUUUAACGUCUAGAUUCUUGCUGCUUUCCCUUUAUGGAGCACUUGAAAUGCAUCUACCUAACACUAAUGCAAUUAAUUUAUGUGAUUUAAGUAAAUGUUAAGUGUUACAGCAUUUCCUUUGACUUGAAAUGGAUAAGGACCAAUGUUUAGAGUUUUCUAGAAAAUUGAAACUCAGUUGACAGAAAGGAGAGUGGAUUCUUUACCAGUGAGGUGUUAAGAGCUCUGAUGAGGCUGCACGAAGAAGAAGCUGUCUCUUGACAGUGUUUUCCCUCAGCCUUUCUUUGCUAAAUGACUACAAAAACAUUGUGCUUUUAUCGCUUUUCACACUAUAGCAUUGGGUCAGAAUCAAAAUUCGUAGCCAGGCAUGAUGGUGCAUGCCUGUAAUCCCAGCACUUGGGAGACUGAGGCAAGAAGAUCACCUGGAUUUCAAGACCAGACCGAUCUCCAAAAUGAGUCUGAGGCCAGCCUGAGUACAUAGCAAGACCUUGGCUCAAAAAUCCAAACUAAAUUGUAUUACUAAGAUUUUGGAAAUGCACAUGUCUGUUAAUUUGCUAUUCCAGAAAAACUAGGAAUUUACUGUAUAAGAGUUGUAUCACACAAAAGCUUGUAUUUUGGAACCUGAGACAACCGUGUAUUUCCUUAUUUGUAUACCUGCUUCUAUUUGUUUUUUAUAAGCAGAUGUAGCAAAUAUGAAGGAUUUUUGUUUUGUUUUGUUUUGUUUUGUUUCUUUGGCUAUUUCAGGCUGCCUUACAUGCAGAUGUGAUGUGAGAUAGCAAGUAUAAUGUAUGAGUUUUCUCCUGUCUUCUCCUCCUCCUUGUCCCUCUCUCUCUUGAAAUAGAGUCUCACUAUGUAGUAA